UGUUCAUUCACUCGCAUCGGCCAGAUGACCAGUAUGGUUCGCGUAACUCAUCACCGCUGUCGCGUCCUAUCAACCUCGUAUUGCGCGAUAGCAAAGUGAUCGAAAAGAUCAAUAAUGGACUUGUCGAUGAUAUGUGCCUAAAGUAUCGGUCCUACAUCAUGGAAACGCAAUCGAUGUGUCAGCACGUUUGACGACGAUGGCAGCGCUGGUUCGUCUUAAACGCGGUAGCGUCCAGUUGAGACACGCGGCACUCGAGGUCAAAGCGGCUGUACGAGCGCGACACAUCGUUGCUGGUCUAGUCGCUGUUGGAUUUGCGCUUUGCGGCGCAGUCGAAGUCAGCUCCUCCGUCGCACUGCUAGCGAAUCAGAAAGACAAUCAUGCCAUCAUCGAUACAUCUUGGCACUGCGAUAUGCUGGUCAAUAUCACCAGCCGCAAUCGCACCGAAGACUUCGAAAUUAUAUUUAUGGAGCUGCCACAGGAGGAGCGAGCGGAAUCGAUUAUGCGCGAGGCGUUCUUAUGGGGACAAGUCGCCGGUCCGAUCCUGGGAGGUUGCCUGGUGUGGGGCCGAUCAGGGCCCUCCAUGGUAUUCUCACGUGCAGUUCUUAGCGCCUGUUUAGCGUCUCUAUUAGUACCUGCAGCCUGGCGUGGACCGUCGCAUGUCGCGCUUCGGUUGUUUCAAGGAUUAUGCACCGGCGCAACCAUGCCUGCUGCUCACAUGUUCGCUAUGACCUGGUUUAAGAGCAAUCAUAGAAGCUGGUACUUUAGUUGUUAUGCAGCUGUCAGCGUGGGUUACUGCCUCACUGGAUGGCUGGGCACCGCGGUGGUGCGAACGUUCGGUCGCGAUUCUUUGUGUUACGGUCUGGUUCUUUUGGCACUCUGCUGGUAUUUCGCCUUCGGCCGAUUUGUUAAGGACACGCCAAAGUCCUAUCAACAUGAUACAACUGCGGCUGUGAUACCAUGGGGAAAGUUGCUGAGAUCUGUACCCGUUUGGGCAUCCGCAGUGGCGACGAUGGGUAAUCAGUGGGGUGACGCGACACUCGCACUUGGCAUGACGAAGUACCUGAAGCUUAUCUAUGGAUUUUCUACAGCUAACGACUCAGUGUUGACCACGUUACCUCACAUCGGUCACUUCAUGGCUGCGCUGACCUGCGGCCUCCUAGUAGAUCACGUCCGCGAAUCUAAAAUAGUUUCCACGACCACGGCGAGAAAGUUGGUCGUCUAUACAGCGCACUUCAUCCCCGCGGCCCUUCUCUUCGUCGCUGGUUACGCUGGCUGCCAGGCCCUGGGUGCUGCCUGGCUAGGGAUAGCAGCCCUCCUUGUUUCUGGCACCGCACCAGCCGGUGCACUCGCAGCCAUAGCUGAUCUCGCACCUGCGGAGUCACCGGCGUGCGCCGCGGCCGCGUGCGCUCUUUGCUCCACGCUGGGCGCCGCGGGACUGCUGGCCGCCAAUUACUUCGUCACUCAGGCUCUUCAUGGCUCCAUCGCUGGUUCUUGGCGAUUGGUGUUCGGUGUUGCUUCUGUUGUCUUACUGACGACCGCUGCGGUUUUUCUGGCUCUCGGCAAAGGCGUUCCGCAACCGUGGAUCCCAUCUGUGGCGAGACCGCGGAGUCACGACGUAAUUUACGAGCAAGACGCGUUGGAACUCGAUCACGAAGACGUGGGCGUGCAGACCGAGCCCUUCGUGCCCUAUUCGCUCGAGGACGACAUCGAGAGUUUGAAGAACGUACCCCGCUCUUCAUCCAUUCACUCGAAGAUCUCGGUGGCCUCCAAUUAA